AUGCGUUUCGUACAGUUGUUAUCCGUCUUCUCAGCUGCGGUCUGUACCCAGGCCCAGAUCCUGCAUCUUCCACAGGUCGAUGCCUUGGUCAAGGAGGCACUGAAGCCUUUCAAGGACUACACUCACUAUCAUGGCCCCAAAGAUCAAUCAGCUGCCAAUCUGCAUGGUGGCCUCAAAAAAGGCCACCAGACUGCUGAUGCCGCGUACUGGCUAGCAGACAUCGCUCACCAAGGCCGGGCGGCCUUCAACCCAGACCCUUCAGGGUACAAGGUCUUUCGAAACGUGAAAGACUAUGGAGCGGUCGGUGACGGUGUGACCGAUGACACGGCAGCCAUCAACGCAGCCAUCAGUGAUGGAGGUCGAUCUGGUCCUGCGAGUCGCGUGACCACCACAACAACUCCUGCCAUUGUGUACUUCCCAGCUGGAACAUACCUCAUCUCCUCGUCAAUCAUCGACUAUUACUUCACCCAACUGAUCGGAAACCCCAACUCGCUCCCAGUCCUCAAGGCAACGCCCGGAUUUGUGGGCCUGGGCCUGAUUGAUGGAGACCAAUAUCAAAGCGACGGUUCACAGGGAUGGGGUUCUACCAAUGUGUUCUUCCGACAAAUUCGCAACUUCAAGCUUGAUCUGACCUCCAUUCCAGCGAGCUCUGCUGCAACUGGAAUCCACUGGCCCACGGGACAGGCAACUAGUAUCCAGAAUGUUGAGAUCGCGAUGAGCUCCGCUGCUGGCACCCAGCAUCAGGGUAUUUUCAUUGAGAAUGGCUCUGGAGGUUUCAUGACCGACGUCACGAUAACUGGUGGAUUAUACGGCGCGAACGUAGGCAACCAGCAAUUCACCAUGCGGAACAUGAUCAUCUCUGACGCCGUGACUGCCAUUUCGCAAAUCUGGGACUGGGGCUGGACUUACCAGGGCUUGAGAGUGACCAACUGCACAACAGCACUUUCAAUGAACAAUGGGGGUCCGGGAAAUCAACUCGUUGGCUCAGUCAAUGUCAUCGACAGUACCAUUGAAGACUGUCCUACCUUCGUUGACACCGCUUGGCAAAGUUCGACAUUCUCUAACGGUAGUCUCAUCCUCGAGAACAUUGCGCUGACGAACGUCCCCGUGGCUGUGAAGGAUACUAGUGGCACAGUUCUAGCGGGAUCAGGUGGUAGCACCACCAUCAGUGCUUGGGGUCAGGGCCACAAGUAUACUCCAAAUGGUCCAGCCAACUUCCAGGGCGCCAUAAGCCCUGCUCCCCGUCCCAGUGGACUUCUCGCAAGUGGGUCAAAUCGCUACUACACCAAGAGCAAGCCUCAGUACGCAAAUUUGCCAAAAUCAUCUUUCAUGAGCGUUCGCGCUCACGGAGCGACGGGUGACGGCACCACCGACGAUACUUCAGCAAUCCAAUCCGCGGUCCACGCAGCAGCUUCCUCUGGUAAAGUCUUGUUCUUUGACCAAGGAACCUACAAAGUGACGGACACUAUCUACGUCCCUGCCGGCUCGCGCAUGGUUGGAGAAACUUACCCUGUCAUCAUGGCCACCGGAAUCAAAUUUGCGAGCAUCACCACUCCUGUUCCAGUUAUGCAGAUUGGAAAGCCCGGCGAGUCUGGCUCAAUUGAAUGGUCUGACAUGAUCAUUAGCACUCAAGGCUCUGCACCUGGAGCUGUCCUUGUUCAGUGGAACUUGGCCGCAGCGACUGGCUCUGGUAUGUGGGACGUCCACGCCAGAAUUGGGGGCUUCACUGGCUCCCAGCAGCAAGUUGCCCAGUGCCCUACUUCCGCGGCAGUGAGUGCUGGAUGUGAGGUUGCGUACAUGUCAAUGCAUAUCACUAGCUGCGCAAGUGGCGCGUACUUGGAAAAUGUGUGGCUUUGGACUGCUGAUCACGAUAUCGAUGAUGCCGCCAACACUCAGAUCUCCGUAUACAGCGGUCGCGGUCUACUGAUUGAGGGCAAGAACAUCUGGCUCAUCGGAACGAGCGUGGAACACCAUGCUUUGUACCAGUAUCAGUUCUCAGGCGCCGACUCGAUUAUGGCAGGAUUUAUGCAAACUGAGUCCCCUUACUACCAACCCAAACCAGAUGCAGCUCACAGCCCAUAUCCUACCAAUCCCUCGUUGAACGACCCCACCUUCACCAACUGUCUUGGUGGUAACUGUGACGCCUUUGGACUUCGGGUGCUGAAUACCCAGAACGUGAACAUUUAUGGAGCUGGAUUUUACAGCUUCUUCAAUCACUACAGCACCGCUUGCUCUACCUUCCCUGUUCCGGAAAAUUGCCAGGGCGAGAUCUUCAGCAUUGAGGGGUCUACCACCAAUUUGGUGGUCUAUACUCUCAGUACCGUCGGUACAACCAACAUGAUUGUUGAAAACGGCAAGAGUCUUGCCGUUGUCUCAGACAACCUGGCAACUUUUCCUGCCACGAUUGCGUACUUUACUCUGUAG